CUUGCGCUAAAUGUCAUUUUUCACGUGUGAUUAUCCGAGUUGGCUGAUGCAAUAAUUUCCCAACGUUUUUAAGUGUUUGUUGCGGAAAAUUCGCAGUUUUUUAUAUUUGCUUCACCCAAGACAAGUCUCCUUUAUAGUGAAAAACCCCCCAGGAGUGUGAAAAUCAUGGCAGAAGACGACGCGAUUUUCGACCCGUCUCUCAAGAAGAAGAAAAAGAAGAAGAAGACGACGUUUGACAUUGAAGCGGCGUUGGCCGAGGGCGGGAAUGAGGCGCAAGACGCCGCCCCCGAGCCUGAAGCAAAGGAGGAAGAGCAGGAUGAUGCCAACGUUGAUAUAGAUUUGGAUUUCACGAAGAAGAAAAAGAAGAAGAAGAAACCGUUCACGUCGGAGGAUUUGGAUGCCGUCGCCGGGGAAGGAAAAGACGAGGGGAACGAAGGGGGGAAUCAGGAUGAUGGGGCGUUGGAUGAUAAUUUCGACUUGGAGGUUGAUUUCAGUAAAACGAAGAAGAAAAAGAAAAAGAAGAAUCUGGGGGAUCUCAUCGCCGAGGCUGACGAGAAACACGAGGAUAAGGAAAAUGUGGACGAAAAUUCGGCCGUGUGGAUGACCUCUGACCGCGACUACACCUACGACGAGCUUUUGAAACGUGCCUUCGAAAUAAUGCGCGAUAAAAACCCGGACAUGGCCGCCGGCAAGAAACAGAAAUUCGUGAUGCGGCCGCCCCAAGUGGUCCGAAUUGGUACUAAAAAAUCAUCAUUUGCCAAUUUUACAGAAAUCUGUAAAAUGCUCCAUCGCCAGCCUAAACAUUUGCUAGAUUUUCUAUUGGCUGAAUUGGGUACUAGUGGGUCAGUGGACGGUAAUAGUCAAUUGAUUAUCAAAGGAAGGUUCCAACAGAAGCAAAUCGAGAAUGUUUUGAGAAGAUAUAUAAAAGAGUACGUCACGUGUCACACGUGUCGUUCCCCUGAUACAAUCCUGCAGAAAGACACGAGAUUAUUCUUUUUACAAUGCGAAACGUGCGGUUCGAGAUGUUCAGUGGCGAGUAUCAAGUCAGGUUUCCAGGCUGUUACUUCGAAACGAGCUGCAAUAAGAGCGAAAACAGCCUAGGUUGGUAGUUAGAAUCGCAAUAUUUAUACUUAUUUUUAAUUCAAACUAGGUGUUGUGUACAAUUUGUACGUAAAUUAGCCAAUUGUUGAAUAAACAAGAUUGUAACACAA